AUGGGCAAGAAGACCAGGGAUGGACCAAAGGGGGGGGUAGGCAAUGCAAUCAAGGAAAUGAGUACUACCACAGUGACGACAACAACAACAACAACCAGUGGCGAGGGGAAAUGGACUUCAAGUGAAGGAGGCAAUCUUCUAACUUGGUUGUCGCAGGUUGCACCGCAGCAGCAAAAGCAAAAUCAGCAGUCGCGCGGUGCCAUUGAUUAUCUUAAUAAGGCAAAUGCACGGAAGAAUGCAAAGCCAUCGAAAUCAUCAGCAGGUCGGCCUCCCGCAGCGGAAACGACGUCCACGAAACCAGAAGUACCAAAACCCCGAUCUCUCCAGCAGCCGCAACAACAAAAGGACCAAGACAACGCAGGAACAAAUGCUGUGGAGAAGCUCGCGGCCCUUUUCCCUGAAAAGCAAGUGAAAGAAGCCCCUGCGCCGAAUGCGAAGGUUGGGAACCCCAUAGCCGCGCGAGUUGCUGCAGAAGGCCCCAAGAGGAACGAGAAAGAAAGACGGAAUGAAACGGUGCGCGCACAGCGGCACCGCGGGGAGCGUGAGGUAAAGAAAGAGCGACUGCAGCGACGCCUCGAGAUGAUGAAGGAAGCGCAGAAGUUCCACGAGGAGGCGCUGCGCACUGAUCCCGAGUACCAAAAGAGGUUCCAAACGUUUCAGGAACUCCAGGCAGCUCAACAAGUUGCGCAUUCAACCUUCCUUGACCGAUACGCCAAACAAGGGAGUUUGAAUAUCAACACUAUUGUUAGCGAGCGUAUUGACAUUCCUGUUAUUCUCAACCUUAUUGAUCAGCACGAUGUUGUUUUCAUAUGCACCGAUACAGGAAGUGGAAAGAGCACUUCGGUUCCAAAAGCGCUUCUUGAAUUAUCCAAUGACACUCGUGUGGUGAGCACUCAGCCCCGUCGUACAGCCACAGUUUCCAUAGCCACUCGAGUUGCCGAACUCCGCCGGGAAGCAGUUGGCGAGGACGUUGGAUAUUGGAUUCGGGGAGAUAAGUGUGGUGAUGUGCAAACGCGGCUUUGGUACAUGACAAGUUAUACGCUUCUACUGCAUCUGCUGAACACUCCACUCCGGCCGCCCUUCACGCACAUCGUCCUUGAUGAGUUUCACGAGCGGCAGCCGGACAUUGAAGUGACAGUGGCAUUGCUACGCUUGUGCCUCCUUCGACGUACCGCACAGUUUAAACUUAUCUUGAUGAGCGCGACACUUGACACGGAGGGCUGGGAAGCGUAUUUUGCUGGGCUGAAGGUGGCAACGUACAAACAAAGUGAACCCAAGCAUCUGAUCCACGACUACUUUAUGGAGGAUGUGUGCACGCUUGUUGGAACAAUGUAUGACGAACCACCGAACAUUGUGCAACGCGGAGUGGAAUACCCACUGAUGGAAAAGCACACUGCAAUUGCGCAGGCACUUCUAUUAUACCUCAACACUUGCACCGAUCCCCAGCACGCAAUCCUUGUCUUCCUACCUGGCCGUGGUCAGGUUGAGCAAAUGCAUAUGUGGCUCGAGUUGAACCUUCGCAAACCUGUGGACAUCAUCCCGUGGCAUAGCGCUGUGGAUCUCUCGGUGAUUCAGGAAGCCAUCAAACGCCGUGGGCACAAUCGCCAGAAAAUAUACCUCGCAACGGAUAUUGCUGAGGUGUCCAUUACCCUUCCCGAUGUAGUCUUUGUUAUUGACAUGGUGUUGGUGAAGAGGCCAAAGGUUAACAAGGAGAACCCUGCGACCGUGUUGCACCCGCCACUCAUGACACAGUGGGUAUCCAAAGGGAACAUUGCCCAACGCCGUGGUCGCAUUGGCCGCGUUCAACAGGGGUUUUACUUCUGUUUGCUUUCCGCUGAAGCUGUCGCCGCCCUACCGGAGCAUAUGCAUCCUCCUAUUGAAAACUCACGCAUUGAUGAGCUUUCACUGCAUUGCCUGCAGCUUGUGUCUAAUCCUGUUGCAAUAUUUAGUAUUUGUCACGGUCAGCCACUGCUAGAGACCAUCGCCACCGCGAUGGAUACACUCUGCAACCUAGGCUGUAUAUUGCACCGUAAAGAUCCAUUGGCAGUUGGUGAGUGCAUUUCUGAGAUCCAUACCAAUAGCGAAUGGAGCCCACUGGUUCUGGAGGAGGCGAAAAAUGUUGUAUUCGCCGAUAUCGAUGAAUACGAGUACACGUUUGUCGGUCGCCUACUCCAACUCAUUCCUGUUUCUCCACUUCCCGGUAUGCUUGUUCUCUACGGCUUCUUCACUGGGUUGGAGUCGCUAACGAUUUUGGCAGCAGCCGUGACGAGUAGCCUCUCGCCCUUCGCACCUAACCAACCUGAGAAGAAGCGACGGUGGCGACAUGACGUGGCUGGAGCAAUGGAAGAAACGGAGAACUCUAUGCGCGAAAUGUGCUGCGGUAUGCGAAGCGAUAUUUUGGCUGUGAUGAAGGCCGUUCUAUUGUUUCGUGUACAGUUUGCCAAAAGUGGAGAAGAUGUCACCGCAGCGAAGAUGUGGUGCGCACAACAUCAUCUAAGCUACGACAAGCUGAGGAGCAUCUUGGAUCUUGAACAACACAUCAAGUACGAAUUGGCCAAUUUCAUUCCUGUCCGCGACGUCCCUGAUGCAACCGUACUCCUCAAUCAAUUGGAGAAAGCGGCCGCUGUUAUGCUCGUUAUGACAAAUGUUGCGUUCGUUUCUCAAGCACUGGAGGUUGUUUCGGAAGGCAACACCUACCAAAAGACCAAGGAAACAGCGGUGGGAAUCUUCAUGGAUGUUGUUGCCGUCCCAGAUAUUCACUCACCGAGUUGUCUCCGCUGGCAGGAGGGUGAAAUUAUUGUACCUGUGCAACUCUCUUUGAUGGGUAACAAGAUGCUGGCCAGCUUCUCCACCGCAAUUUCUUCGCAUAAGCAGUUCUGGCUCUCGCUUCUCCUCCUAACACAUAAAGUCAUGUAUGCUGUUUUCGCCGAUGAUGAGGGAGAAUUUUAUGUCUUUUCCGUCAAAUACUACAGUACGGAGCGGUACUUGGAGACAGAUGCAGCCACGGGGAGCGCCAUUCUUCAGUUCCGUCAGAUGCUGAGCAGCGUUGGUCAGGCGCUGAGGCUCCUACGGGACUACCAACAUUUGUAUGAUGAUGAGUUUGCGGAUGUACUUAACGACCAUGGGCUUAAACCCCUUCGUGACAUGCAGUGCGAAGUCGUUACCGCAAUGGCGGCAUUCUUCAAUAACACAGAAAACAUAACAGUGGACGAAGUGGAACAUGAAGAAGAUGAUCUCGACGAGGUUUCAAUGAUUAGUCUAGCCCUACCAAAGCGUGGCUGA